AUGAAUUCCUGUACACAUUCAGCACAUAUUCAGAAAGCAUUCGACACUCAACACACACUCGACGCCCGACACCACCACCACCACCACCAACACAACAGCAACACCAUCAACAGCGACAACGCCACCACCAACACCAACACCAACACCAACACCAACAAGCUCCCUCCCCAUCUUCAAAUACAAAGUAUAGAGAUGGCUCCCGCUCACGAGAACAACACCCUCCCCGCCAACUUUGUCCAUGACCAUGUCGAAUCAUCCAUCCCAACCUCCCAUCGGGAGAUGAUGAAAGACCGGAUACGAGUCAUCGGAACAGAUGUUGAGGCCGAUGACGUCGUUGUCCGCCGAGCAACCAGGAAGACCGCGGGCCCGAUGAGAGAACUGAAGAAAUACGACGUCGACAACUACGAGGAUACCACCACCGGGGCGACCCCGGAAGAAACGCUUGCAGAUGCGCAAGCAAUUUGGGGGUCCGACCGGGCGACCGAGAUUUUGGACCAAUGUGUGCGUGAAGCGAAGGAGAAGGCAAAGGUGUUGGAGGAGAAGAAGAAGAAGAAGGAGGAGGAGAAGAAGGCAAGGGGAAAGGGAAAGGGGAGCGGCAAGACGAACAAGUCUGUUCCUGCCCCCGUCCUCGAAACCGAACCUAGGUUCAUGAUAACGUCAAGGAUGCCUCAACCACCUCCUGCGGAAAGCAAAGAGAACGAGCCAGAGAAGGUUACGUUGGAGCAAAGUGGGAACGAGUCUGUCCCUGCCUCUGCCCCUGCCUCUGCCCCUGCCUCUGCCCCUGCCUCUGCCCCUGCCUCUGUCCCUGCCUCUGUCCCGGCAUCUAAACCGAGGUUGAUGAUAAAGUUGAAGGUGUCUCAACCUAAACCCAGGUUGAUCAUAAGGUUGAAGGUGUCUCAACCUAAACCCAGGUUGAUCAUAAGGUUGAGGGUCACUCAACCACCUCCUGAAGAAAACAAAGAGAACGAGCCAGAGGAGGCUGCGUCGGAGCAGAGUGACAGUGGGAGCGGCAGUGACAGCGGCAGUGGCCGUGAGAAUAAAGGGCAGAAGGAAGCGGUGACGGUACUCAGAAGGAGUCAGCGAAAGAGACGAGCCACUUGGAAGGCCUUGGCCAACCAAAGACUGAACGGUGCCCGUUAA